CAUAUAAAAUCUUCGAUAUAGCAUUAACGCCCUCUAUAAAAUUGUAUGACAAACUCCGAUUUAUGUGAGGAUCCGGCAACCGUCGCAUGUCUAGCUACCGCACUUACAAAAAAUGGCGCUUGACACUUGACAUAUCUCAACCGUGUUCGCCUAAGGAUAGCACCUUCUAUCUUCAGUGUAAAUGUUUUAUGAUUUGACAGGAAUGAAAAUUAUUCUUACCUUAUUUAAAUCUGCUGACGAUUAAUAGAGAUAUUGCAUAUGGACCUAAAUAAGGUAUGCAUUAUUUAGGUGAACCUAAAUAAGUACAGUGGAAUUAGAGCUAUUGCACAUGUAACUUUUUGCUUGCAUAAUAUAGGUGGUUCGUAGUUGAAAUUCUACCAAAGGUGUGAGAAGUGAGAUUGUAAAAAUGGAAGCUGAAUUGGAAGCAGUUAUAUUGGCAGGAGCAGAUGAGGAGGAAUAGAACAUAUCUCCUCCAUAAUAUAUUUAUUGAUAGAGGCAUUACUCAUAC